AUGUCGCCCAACGGCGCCGCGCCGACCGCCGUCACCGAUGCUGUCCUCAAGCCUUCCAAUCCCGUGCCGGACGGCGCGAUUCCGGUCGAGGGCGUAGAAUUUGGCAAGUUUGCACACCGCAACAUCAGUGUGAGCGAGCUGGUGGAUGGAAUGGCCAACAUGGGCUUCCAGGCUUCGUCCAUCGGUCAAGCGGUCCAAAUCGUGGACGGCAUGCGGAAAUGGACUGACCCGGACACCGGCGACAAGACCACCAUCUUCCUGGGCUAUACCUCCAAUCUUGUCUCGUCGGGACUGCGAGAGACCCUCCGCUGGCUCGUCCAGCACAAACACGUCUCUGCCAUCGUGACUACCGCGGGCGGUGUCGAGGAGGACUUUAUCAAAUGCCUGGCCCCGACAUACCUCGGCUCCUUCACCACCCCGGGCGCGACUCUGCGACAACAGGGCAUGAAUCGCAUCGGGAAUCUGAUAGUACCCAACAGCAACUACUGCGCCUUUGAGGACUGGGUCGUGCCGAUCCUGGACAAGAUGCUCGAGGAACAAGAAGCCAGCAAGAAGACCGACGAGCCUCAGCACUGGACUCCAAGCAAAGUGAUUGCUCGGCUGGGGAAGGAGAUCGACGAUGAGCGAUCGGUGUACUAUUGGGCGUACAAAAACGACAUUCCCGUCUUCUGCCCGGCGCUCACCGAUGGGAGCUUGGGCGACAUGCUCUAUUUCCAUACUUUCAAGUCGUCCCCGGAGCAGCUGAGGGUGGACAUUGUCGAGGACAUCCGGCGCAUCAAUACGCUGGCGGUGCGGGCGAAACGGGCGGGCAUGAUCAUCCUCGGCGGCGGCGUGGUCAAACAUCACAUCGCCAAUGCCUGCUUGAUGCGCAACGGAGCGGAGAGCGCGGUGUACAUCAACACUGCCCAGGAGUUCGAUGGAAGCGACGCCGGCGCCCGACCAGACGAGGCGGUGAGCUGGGGCAAGAUCAAAGCGGAUGCACAAAGCGUCAAGGUCUACGCCGAGGCGACUUUGGCAUUCCCGUUGAUCGUGGCGGCUACAUUUGCCCGAGUGGACGCGAGGGCCGAGCGCUGA